AUGCUCCGCAUCACCGUCCUUCUUAUCGUUAUCGCGCUCACCAUGGGAACGACUGUAGCUCUUCGAGGGGCUCUCAUGAGACAUGGUCGCUCGCUUCCAAUCAACAAGAUUGGCUCGCCGGCGCAGUCGUCGCCGUCGUGUCGCGUCGUUCAACUAGCGGUGCCAUGCAUGUUCUCGCGCAACCGCGAGUGCUUCAUCGACAAAAUCUGUGCUCUUGACGAGACGACGGCAGCGUCGAACGCGAUCGCGGUGAAAUCGGCAUUAUUGGCGCAUGGCGAUUUGCGCUAUCAGCCGCGCCGAAAUGAUUUCCUUCGUUUCGGCCGCUCAUCUGUAGCAAACAUCGCUAGCGGUGAACCCGAAGACGUCGCUUAUUAUCGUCUCGUCAGAGUCGCCUACGAUUCUUAA